AUGGUCGAUGAUGAAGGUGAGCUAGUAUAUUAUGCUUUCUAUAAAGAUAUUGAACCAGUCAAUGCAGCUAAGGCAUUAAAGGAAUCAAAUUGGAUGAAAGCUAUAGAUGAGGAAGUGAAGUCCAUCAAAGUCAACAACACUUGGUCACUUGUCAAGUCAUCUCAAGACAAUAAGACAAUCCAUAUGAAGUGGGUAUACAAGUUGAAUUUGAAUCCCAUAGGAGAAGUAACUCGACAUAAGGCAAAACUUGUGGCGAAAGGAUUUCUUCAAAAAGAAGGAAUCGACUUUGACAAAUAUAUUGCACCUAUUGCUAGGAUCGAAACAAUUAGGUUGGUUGUUGGUUCUGAAUCUGAUGAAAGGCGUGGCCAAUACAUCAGCAGAUACCAAGUUCCGCAUCUGCGCUACAUAAUAUCUAAUGAACAAUAG